AUGAAUUUCAGCAUAUCCGAUAUGCGCCUCUUGACAUUCCUUGCUGUUGCGAUCGUAGCGCCCAUCGCUGGUUUUGCCGCUCCGGCAUGCGAAGCACCAACGUACGCAAGGGGCGAGAACCUUUGCAGCCAGUACAAAUCGCCUCCACAGCUCUGCACGCCCGACCCCACUGUGACUGUGGAGGAGACGGCAAAACGAGCGUAUCAAUUCUACAAGGCGUUCGUCGUUGACGGCGACGCGAGGACCAUGUUUGCCCUUAUCGAUAACGCCUACAUCGUACGUAUUGAGUCCACAGCUCCCAAGCGCUUUUUGUUGCAAGACGAGCCUGAUAUGACACCGUAG